CUGUGAUCAUAUAUAUAUUGCUCAUGACAUACGAUCUGUAUCAUUCUGUUUCCAGAAUUUGACAGACAAACGCAACCAUGUACAAACUGUUCGUCUUAGCUGCCGUCCUCGGACUCGCCGCUGCUAAACCCGGUAUCUAUGGCUACUCUGCACCAGCUGUAGUUGCCGCCCCAGCACUGGCUGCUGUCGCCGCUCCCGCCAUCGCCGCCCCCGCCAUUGCCGCUUCCGCCAUUGCCGCUCCCGCAGUCGCCGCUCCACUAGCCGUUGCCGCUCCAGCCGUCGCCCCCCUUGCCUACUCUAGCUACGCUGCCGCCCCUAUCGCUUCCCUCGGAUAUAGCGCUGGUCUCGGAUAUAGCACUGGUCUCGGUUACAGUGGUCUUGGAUACUGGAAGAAAUGAAAAUUCUAGUCCCAAACCAAUUCAAAUGGUCAUUUGAUUCUAAACAUACCAAUAUUUAUGCCAUAAAAUAAAUUGUUUUCAUAGUCGAAA